AUGGUCAAACGAGUUGCCCCCCAAAAAAAAUAUAUCGAACUUCUGAACGAGGCCGUAGCGCAGGUAACUGCGGCCGUCGAACAACACGAAAACGCAAGGGAUAAGGUCCUUCUCGAUAUAUAUGCAGUGGGCCAAGAGACUCUCGGCUCAUAUUUUCCUAAAUUCAAAAAAACCCCCGAGUAUCGCCACAUUUGGCAUAAAGUCACGGCGGCAAUCAAAAAUGCGAACAAGAAUCAAAAUGCCGUACAAAAAGCACGGCAAUCGGUGGUAAAAGCCUGGGGACAGAAUGGCAGCCACUUCUUACAAUUCAACUCAGCUCAGGGCUGGACGAAAGCAGCUGGAAGGUUAGCGCGCCAAUGUCCGGACUAUACCCGUGCGGCCGAGUUUAUUGUGCAUGCGGUGGUUGAACGGCUUGACAAUAUGCGUUCAGGGAAAUCACUAUACCUGGAACCAGGUCUGGUUGAUUUACAAAGGGCCAUAGGAAUAUCAAAGGAGGCUCCAGCGCUACAGCCGGUUACAGCUGACAAGCUUGAUUCGCUUGGAGUCUACUUAGACUCUUAUGGUUUACUUCGGGCACGAACUACAGACAGCUCAACUAAUCUAAUUACAGAUCAUGCGUCAUUUGAGUGGAAUUCCCGUCCAGAUAUUCCCCAGCUCCCUCGCGCUAUCAUCGAAGAGCCGAGCGACAGCGGUUUGUCAUCCUCCGAAGCUGGAGAUGACGAUGAAGCACCUAAUCCACAAGACGCAGCCGGAGCCGAAGCCGAAGCCGCUGAAGCCGAAACUUCUAAAAAGACGCAACGGGCUGGGGAGAAAGCAGGAAAAGCGGGAAGAAUUUGGAAAAGUGGUGUUCCCAAGAAUCGCCUAGACCUACCAAAGGGACAGCGCUCAGAAGCUGAUAAUGAAUCCGGUAUCCAGAAUGCAGAGAGUAGCAUGAGGCAGCACGCUACGGAAGAAAUAGAAUUAGACAAAGAGGAUCAGGGGCCAGAUACGAAUCUUACUUUCAACGAAAUUGAGCACGGCAUUCAGAAUGAAGAGAAAAGCAUGGGCUCCGAAGCCGAAGGGAUAGAAUCGAACAAUAAGGGCCAGGAGACUGAUACAGAUUCGGACAUUAGUCUCAUUGAAACUGAACCUGAUGUUCAGGAUCGGAUCAACGUUGUGGCUAUUGAUCUCUCUAAGAACGAAAUUGCUAGCAUCCUAGACGAUAUUUUUCGUCGCAUGGGCUGUUCUAGCCCGGGAAAGGUCAAAGAAAUCCUUGCGACUGGCUAUAUGAACAUCGACCAUGUAUUCAAUUGGUGGGAUGACUCGAUAUACAAAGGCAAAUCAUUAUAUCAGCUUGCGGAUCUUGAAGCCAAAAUGUUCACCUUCCACCACGACGGCAAUGAGGCUAGUUUACAAAGCCACCAGUAUGGGCUUCUCCACCAAUUGCUAGAGGUGGAUCCUGUACUAUGGAUCCUUAAUGUUUGCCUCCAGAAAGGCAAGAAAGAACUUGCUGCCCUCCCGCAGCCAGUUUCCAAGAGGCCCAACAAUCUUCCUAACGGCCUCCUUAAUCGAUCUCGUAUCACACAAAAUGGCCAAAAUGAGGUAUAUAUUACGUCAAGAAAAAACGAUUAUGGACUUCUGUUCCAGCCGACUCUUCUUCCGCUUAUUUGGAAAAAUGAUCUGAAUUGUGUUGGUAAUUUAACCACGGAAGAACAAGUCAAGCAAUUGAGGGAUAAGUACCAAGCAGUAAAAUGGGACAUCGUUAGAAAUAAACCACUAACAACGGCGCGUCUUCCUUAUAACAUUGCAACAUCAUUACGAGGGCUAAGCCCUCUUUCAGAUGCAAUCCUCCUGCAGCGGCCCUACACGGACCCACAGGUCCAAAUCGAAAUGGAUAUUCUCUUAGGAGCAGAUCGAGAGUCAGCUUGGGAGUUCAUACAAAAAUGGCGCACUGCUGCUGUCCAGAGCUUAAUACUUCAUUUUAGUCUUUGGGUUUCACUCGAGAAGAGGGCAUAUCGUGAUAAAUCAUACUUGGAGGCCUAUAGUAUCUCUGGGAAGAGGCCAAAAACUCCAAAUCGGAAGAGGGAUUCAAAAGACCUUCUCCCCUUUACAAACCCUCAUCCAAAGCGUCCUUAUCCUUCUACCAAAUCAUCAAUCUAG